AAGCCCAAUACACAAGAGAUAUAAAUCACCUGUUUUCUGAAUUCUAAUUCCUAAAACCCCAAAACCCUAAAUCAACAAGCUUAGCUCCACAGUCUCCAGUCCACUUGUCUGAAAUCAAAACCCAGAUUUCGUAGAAGCUCAGAAUCAAUCUACCUUUUCAAGUCAAGUCCAUGGAUGAUCAAUCCCAAAGAGGAAUAAUAUCUACAGCUGAGGGCGAGAGUAAAGAUUGGAUAAAUGAGCUGCCGGAUUGCAUUCUGUCAUCCAUACUUUCACUGUUAACAAUAAAAGAUGCAGCGGAGACUAGCUUUGUAUCCCGCCAGUGGAGGAACCUUUGGAAGACAAGGCCUCCCAAUCUUGAAUUAGACAUUCCAAAUAUUUUUGGGUCCUUGUAUGCUCCACUUGUUGAAUGGGAUAGGUCCAUCUAUAGUGUUGCAUCUUUGAGUCUUCAAUUCGACAGACAGUGCUAUAUAAAACGUGUGAAUGAAGUUUUGGAGCUCUACUCUGGCAACAAGCUAGACUCAUUCAAAGUGGCAUUCUUUUUUAAUCGAGAAUUUACUGAAGAUCUUGACAAAUGGGUUCGUUUUGCAAUUACAAAGGGAGCUCAAAAGCUGGAUCUUCAAUUAUUAAGAGGCGCUUUGGAUCCACAUGAUAAUUUUUAUGUUUUUCCUCACUGGAUCCUUGCAGAUUUGAACUCAUCAACCUUAAAGCAUUUGUCGUUGCAUCGAUGUGUUCUAAAACCUCCUACUGAUUUUGACAGAUUCAUUCAGCUAGAAACUCUUUCUCUGAAUGACGUUGUAGUCGAUCCAGAUUUUUUGGCACGUCUUUUCUCUGCUUGUGUGCUUCUCGAAAGCUUCACCUUGAACACAUGUAACGUGCGCUCAAAUCUGAUUAUUGGUCCAUCGCUUCACCUGCAUGAUCUGAAAGUGCUCACUUGUUACCGAUUAGGAAGAAUAGAGAUUGAUGCAGUAAAUCUUUCCUCCUUAGAAUAUGAUGGAUAUAAUACAGAGAUUUCUUUCAUGAGAACUCCACGGCUAGUAAGAUGUUUUUUUAAGGGAUGGUCUAUAGGUCCAGUACCUCAUGUGCUAACCCUACUCACCUCGUGUCCCGAGCUUAGUACUCUUCAUCUGCAGAUCAGAAAUAAUUUCGAACAUAUACCCCAAACUUUUCCAACAUUGAAAAACCUAAAGCAAGUGAAGUUGGAUCUCCUCAUGCUUGACUUUGAACUUGGGAGUGUUCUAAAUAUUCUCAAGGCUGCACCACUUUUGGAAGAACUUAUAAUAACAACACGAGCUGCAGACUAUCAUGGAGAGAUGAGGAAUCUUUCUACAUUCUCACAUAAUCAUUUGAGAAAAAUAAAGAUGCAGGGGUUCCAAGGUAUGUGGUUCGAGAUAGAGUUGGCCAUUUGCCUUCUUAAAAUUGCUACAAAGCUUGAGGUAAUGGUGAUUGAUCCACUUGGAUCAUACUAUGUCGGUGAUCGAACGUGGGGAACGUGGGUCAAAAUGACCUGUUGUUAUCAGGAUGGGAAUGAAGAUGAGAACCCAGAGGAAUAUGAUGACCCAGGAGAUGAAAAUGUGGACAAUGUGCCUUAUGAACUUUUACGUUGGCAAAAAAGAGGCAGGGCAGCAGUCCAAGAAAGGCUGAAAGACGUAAAGACUGAUGCUCAAGUCAUCAUCCUCUAAUGGUUGUAAUUUGUAGAAUCUGUUUCAAGUGGGAACUAGGAAGUACCUAGCUAGGAUGAUCUUGAUGAUGAAUCUUUUAUGUGAUCCGGAAUGAAAUAAGGUAAUGUGGCUUGAGCUCAGACUUAAUCUGCUGCCUGUGUAUUAAUUUCUUACUCAUGACAGUACAGUUCAGGGCAAUGCUAAUGUAAGCUUCAACUCCAAUCUCGGUAGUCUGUAAAGCAAGGAAAGGAAUAGUAGGCGGAUCUAAAACGAAUCAGAACUUGAGUGCUCUUAUAAUCGGAUUGGCGGGUGUAACGAUCACCUUGUCUGCUUAUUCUCAGACUGGUGUCUUCAACUUAGUGCAUCACAUUCGGCCUCCUCACUUUCAUGUUUGACUUGAUUGUCAAGGAAGGUUUUAUAUCUUUUUAGCUCCAUCAUCGAUCGUCUUCGAGUUGGUUUCAGUUUCUGGUUAAUUUCUUAGUUAGGAUUGUAUCUUUGCUUUCCCUUAUGAUUGAACAAAUUCUGAGAUGGAAUGGUGGUUUUGUUUAACUUGCUUAAUGUAGAUGCACAAAUUUAUUUGGA